CGCCUUGGCUGGACCACGCGGGAAGUGUACCUCCGUCCCUGCGCGCAUGAAUGUUACGGAAGCGUAGGUUCCAGAACUAGCUUCCGCGCUCCUAUUGGCUGGCGCGGCUUGGGAACCCUCGCCUCUGCGGAACCUAGGGAUGGCAGGCGAUUGGUCGAGGAGAGGAGGUAGGCGGAGACAGGUGAGCAGGAGGCGGGCUUUCAUUGGCUGCGCUGAAGUUGGAAAGAAGGAAGCGGUCGCUAAGAGCUUCGCCAUGGCCUACGGGGAUGAUGGACACAACCUGAGGGAAGUGCUGGCCACUUUCAAGUCCUGUCUUGACGAGAAGUCGGAAAUCCUAAUGGACCCUUACUUAGCAGGCUGGAAAGGGCUUGUCAGGUUUCUGAACACCAUGGGCACAAUCUUCACCUUCGUUUCCAAAGACGCAGUGGCCAAAAUCCAAAUCAUGGAGGAAUUCCGAAGCGGCCCCCAUAAGGAGAGCUACAGAACCCUUCAAUCCAUGGUGAGCUACGAGAUGGCCAACAACCUGGUAGACAUGAAGAAGAACACCGAACGCCCCGUAUCGGGCUGCCGGACAAUCCUGCGCCUCCACCGAGCCCUUCUAUGGCUGCAGCUCUUCCUAGAGGGCCUGCGGACCGGUGGCGCAGACUGCAAGACGUCGGUGGUCUGCACAGAUUCGUACAAUGCCUCUCUGGCCAAUUACCACCCUUGGAUUAUCCGCAAGGCAACCACCAUUGCCUUCUGCACUCUGCCCAACCGGGAAGCUUUCUUUGAGAACAUGAAGGUGGGCAGCAACGAGGAGGCAGUGGAGAUGCUGGGAGAAGCUUUGCCCCACAUCAAGAAGCUCUACGAUAUCACACAGGAACUUUACAGCCAGCACAAACUCCUGGACCUCCCGUAGCAGAGCGGAUCCCCACAAUCAAGUGGUUCUCUGAAUGCCACAGACGAAAAAGCAAGCAUCGAUCGUACAUCUCAUGCUUAUCCAUUUCCAGGCCUGCUUGGUGCCAUGAGCUAGCUCUCUGCUUCUCAGCUCUCUCCUAUAAAUCAGGUUUCUUAUUGCUGGAAUCAUUUGAGCCUUCAAACCAUCCCUAUUCUGGGUUUAAUCAGCCAGAUAUCCGGAGAAACAGAACUGGCCCCAGUUCCUCUUUGACUGCGGUGGGGAGCCUACAGCCUUUCAGAUGUUCUUGGGCUCCAACUCCCAACCACUGGGCUGGGGCUCAUGGGAGUCAGAGUCCAAGAACAUGCUUGAACUACAACUCCUAUCAUCCCUGAUGGCUGGCCAUGCUGGCUGGGGCUGAUGGGAUUUGGAGUCUCCCCCCAAAAAACCCAAACCCCUGAUCUAAGAAGAAGCAUUCCCCACUCUCAGGAGUCAAUGAAUGCCUCUUCCAAAUAGAGACCAUCCUCCAUUUCUCCUUUGCCGUAGGGAAUGCUGCUCCUAUAGUCGGGGUGAGGAACCUGUCAGCCUUCCAGAUGUAGCUGGACUCCAGCUCCCAUCAUGCCUGACCAUUUGGCUGUGCUAGCUGGGGGGUUGAUGGGAGCCCAGCAACAUCUGCAAGGCCGAAGGCUCGCCACCGUUUCAUCACAUGGUUUUUAAGGCUACAGUCUUCCCCAAUGUGUACGGGAGGUAAACCUGCUUAAGCAAUGAAUGUACUUAAUCGCAGGGGGAUGGAUGAGGACCUGGAAGCAGGGGUCUCCCUGGCCUCCCUGCCAAUCAACCCUGGUUUUGUUUAAUCAAGGUGCAACUGUAUCCCCUCCACCCUUCAGAUCGAAUUAAGCUUUAAAGGGGAAAGGGGGGCUUUUACAGUGGACUGAUGUAUAUACCUGUUUCGAUGACCAUGUGACAAGGGGAAGACUUUAGGGGCAAGAUUGCUCAGGAUUGCCAUGAUACAUAUGUCUGCAGGGAGAAUCCCACCGGGGUUCUAUUGAGCCCUCCCUUCCACACACAGAUGCAGGUAAUGCACCCACAAACCUGAAGCCUUUCAGGGCAUCACAUGCAGAUCCCUACUAGCCUGUGACUCCCUCUACCCAGACUCCUCCCACUCUUGAGCAUGAACAGCCUGUGGGGUUUGGGAUAGGGGCAAUGGGUGCAAAAACAGGGUCCUUUCAUCAGUCACCAGCCAGGCAUGUUGCUGAGCAUUUAGUAUACCCAGCUGAGGGGCAGCACUGUGUGGGUAUGCAGGGACAAAUAAGAAUUCAAAGUGGGGAGGGAGCGGAAUCUCCUUCCAUACACACAGGGGAAGGCAAAGAUAUUGCACACUGCUACAAUCCGGAAAUCAACAAUCUUUAGCAUGCUGGAAGUGGGAACAAUCUCCCUAGUAAGGGUGGGGGACCUGUGGACACCCCCCCCAAAAUGUCAGUGUCUUGUGCAAGCCACCUAGAAGUUUUGUUUUGAGUGGUGUAUACACAACUUCUAAAUAAGUGAAUGAAACAUAUCUGGAGAACCACUGGAUCCCCACCCCUGAUGAAACCGAACUCCUGAACCAUCUUCACACCUCUUCUCUCCCCGUCAUUCUCUCUCAUGACAAGACUGUUCACUUAGAAAAGCUUUUUGGUUUUUUUAAAGUCACUGUGAGUUUCGAACUUGCAUAAGGCUGUUGACCACGCCUUUGGCUUGAAGACAAUCAUACCUGUGUUUUAAACGUGGCGUUAUUAUUUUGGGGCCGUGAUACGCUGUUAUGUUAAGAUUCCUUUCAUGUUACAAAUCAAUCAUACCUGUCUUUUUAAAGUGGUAUUAUUAUUUCUGGAUCACGAUAUGCUGUUAUGUUAAGACUCCUUUCUGGAUACAAAUGAGUCAUGUAUCUAUGGUGCUCUCAUGUUUCCUGCCUCAUAUGAUUUCUAAACUAUCAAUGCCUUUGUGGUGGUGGGGAGAUGUGGGGGCACAAUGAAAGUAUUUGCACUUAUGGCACUGUUUACUCCAUGCAUGCACUGUGAUUUGUCUAUAUAGAUAUAGAUAUGUAUUUACCUCUUAUAUUGCUUGGGUUCAAAUAAUCAUCUGUCCUGUAUAUA